AGAUAGAUAAAGAAGUAUUUAUGAAGAAGUUACGAAAUUUUAUGAUCUCUAACAUAAAUUCAACUUUAGUAAUGAAAAAUUUAAAUAUAUUACCUGAGAGUUUGAAAAUCAGAAAUACAGAUGGUUGUUUUAGAGAGAUUACUGAAAUAGAAGGACAGACUUUAACUUGGCCAAGAAAAUAUUUCGGUGAAAUUGCUCUUCCCGAAGAAAAUUGCAUCACAGAAAAAGGAGAACCCGUCGUUAGAAAAUGUCUGGGAAGUUUUACCGAAGGUGCUUAUUGGAGUCCCAUAAACACGACUUGUUCAACGAAAUUAUCAAAUCUCACUUAUCAAUUAAAGGAUUUAGCUAAGACCGGCAACCGAAUUAUUCUUCAGAGAUUGUAUAGACUAACAAGUCACUCAUCUCAGAUGAAAGCUAUAGACUUGCAUUAUGUGGCACUCGCCAUAGAAAAUCUCGUUUUUCAACAGAAUAAACAAGAUCAACAGAUCUUGCUUAAAGAAAUCAUACCGAUUGUUAAUAACUUAAUGGACGUAGAUCCUUCAGUAACAAUAUCGGCUCAGAAUAGAGUUAAUGCUUCUUCAAGAAUAACUGCUUCUUUGGAAACAAUACUGGAGAAUAAUAAGAAUCCAGUAAAUAUAUCCGAAUCAAAAUUGAUCGUUGUUUCGUCUCGUUUGGAUACAACAGGAGUAUUGUUAACUGCUUCUGAUGAUACACUGAAGCCUAUAAAUGAAGAAUUAGAUGUACUGGAGACGAAAUAUCUCGUAGGAAUACGAUUUCCGAAAGAGAUAACACAAAAGAGAUUUUUAAAUAAUUCUUUAGUUAAUUAUAUUGUUUACAGAAAUGGCUCUCUAUUUCUUACCGGUCGACACAAUAAAGCCAUUGUUAGUUUUAUACUUUACGCACAAAUUACUGGCGAAUCCGUAUUGUUGUUAGAAAACGAAAAGAUUGAAAUAUUCUUCGAAACUUUUCGGUUUAAUAAUUAUAAAAAUGGAAGCGAGAAGUGCGUGUUUUGGGAUUAUUCCUUAAAUGAAAGAACUGGUGGAUGGUCGACGAUUGGCUGCGAAUUAAGAAACCGAAGCGAAAAUCAUAUUGUAUGCUAUUGUGAUCAUAUGACUAAUUUUGCUAUUCUUAUGGACAUGGAUACUGAAAAUGAAGAAAAUGUAACUCAUGGAGUUAUCUUAGAUGUGUUGACGUAUUUUGGCUGUACAUUGUCUAUAAUUGGACUAUUGCUGACAUUAAUUACAUUCAUUUUAUUCGAAAAACUGAGAAAAGGCACAGUAAGGAAGGUUCUGUUUAAUUUGUCAUUAUCUAUCCUCUUCAGUCUGAUAGUGUUUGUAUCCGGCAUAAAUCAAGUUUCCUCAAAGGUCGGAUGCAUCCUUGUUGCCGCGCUGCUUCAUUAUUUAUUGUUAGUUUCUUUAUGUUGGAUGCUAGUAGAAGCCUUCCAACAAUACCUGAGAUUAGUCAAAGUAUUUGAUACGUAUGUCCCGAAAUUUAUGUUAAAAGCAACGAUUUUUGCUUGGGGGUUUCCUAUUAUCGUUUCUAUUAUAAUCGUAUCAGUUGAUUAUAAUCUGUAUUAUGGAGGAAAGAAUUAUUGUUGGCUUCAGAUAGAAGCCUUUCAUUACGGAUUCCUUCUACCGGUUGCAAUCAUCAUGACCAUCAACAUAAUAAUAUUCUGCAUGGUUAUAUAUUCCAUCACGUGUGGGAGGAAAGCCAUAAAUCAUAAUCAAUCCGAAAAGAAAAUGAUUCUUGCCAGGUUGAGAGCCGCAAUAUGCAUUUUUACUCUAUUAGGAUUAUCCUGGACAUUCGGAUUCUUUACAAUUAAAAGUGCCCAAUUAGUGUUUAAAUACUUGUUUACCAUAUCAACUACUCUUCAAGGAUUUGUCAUAUUCGUAUUCAACGUAGUAGACGAUAAAUCCGUUAUGGAAUUAUGGGAACAAUUUAUACGCCGUAACGUAAAAGUCAGUAUUGAAGUUUCGUAUCGAACGAAAGAUUCGUUAAUAACUACAGAAAAAGUGUCAUAAAAUUUUUUUUAUUAAUAUGAAAUUAAUAAAGGCAAUCAGUUUAACGUUGCUAUUUACAUUGAAUUUAUUAAAAAUACUAUAAACUUGUAAUAAGCGUGUGUAUACCUUACGACUUUUACUUUCCUGGC